UCCUAACAACUAUCAAUGUUUAAUGUGUCAUUUUGUAAUAAAAUUUCACAAAUUUACCAUGAUAAUUUUAAAUUCUUCAAUAUUUAAUUAAUUAUUUAGUAUUUUAGUGAAUAAUUGUCUCGUCGAUUCUUGUCUAAAGAAAUUUUGUGUGUUGUUCUUGAAAUGGCUACAGAAGAUGCAUUUGAUCAGUUUGAUGAAGAAGAACAACAAGUAGAAAGUCAGUCAUUUACAAAAGCUGGUCGAAAGCGACUUUUCUCAAAAGAAUUGCGUUGUAUGAUGUAUGGUUUUGGCGAUGAUGAAAAUCCAUAUACUGAAAGUGUUGACAUACUUGAAGAUCUAGUAAUUGAGUUUAUCACAGAAAUGACUCAUAAUGCUAUGGAAAUUGGACGGUCUGGACGAGUUCAAGUAGAAGAUAUUGUAUUUUUAGUAAGAAAAGAUGCAAAAAAGUAUGCUAGAGUCAAAGAAUUAUUAAUGAUGAAUGAAGAAUUGAAAAAAGCACGGAAAGCAUUCGAUGAAGGAAAAUUUGCUGGUAAUGAAGUACCAAACAACGGUAAUACUAGUAUCACUAAAUAAUGAACAAGGCUUUUUGUUCAAUUUAUGUUUAUUUAAUUUAAUAUGUACUUUUGUAUUAAGUAACAUUAAAUGCUUUACUUUUAUAAAUAACUUUUAAGCAUUAUAACAUUGUAUGUUUUUUUUUUAAUUAUAUAUUCUUUUGGUAAAAUAAUUCGAGAUAAUAUACUUAAAUACUACAAAACAUUGAGUUUUAUAUAAGACAUCACCAUUAUAAUACAACUUGUUUAAUUUAUAACA